GGUCUAGGGUUUUAUGGCGCUUUGCCGCUUCUCUCGCGCACUCUCUUCUCUUCCAGAUCGCGCAUUGCGGCAAUUCGCUCCUGCGGCGCCGAGGAGAUCGUUCCCCAAGACGCGCCACGGCGUGACAUGGGACGAUCCCUACCACUGGCUGCGAAAUUCCGAGGAUCCGGCCGCCAUCGCGUAUCUCCAGGCUGAGAAUCAGCACGCGCAGUCGACCAUGGCUGGGACAAGGGAGCUCCAGUGCCAGAUCCGCCAGGAAAUGGCGAGCAGGAUGGAGAAGGAGCUCGCAUCGCCUCCAGAGCGCUGGGGGGAUUGGUACUAUUUCGUGCAUAUCCCGCAAGGGAAACAGUUUCCCAUCUACUCGAGACGAAGAGCCCGCCAAGGUGGAAGGCUGAAGGCUUUCUUUACAAGUUUUUUUGACAAGAACAGUGAAGUUAUGAUCGACAUCAAUGAGCUUGCUGCCGAGCACGGCCAUGCGCAGCUUGGAGUUUUUAAGCUAUCCAGAGACCACAAACUGUUAGCAUACACGAUCGACUUGGGUGGCAACGAGAUGUUCACAUUGUUUAUCAAAGACUUGGAAACUGAUAGCCUCCUCCUGGAGCACAAAACCGAUGGUGUAGUAAGUGUGCAGUGGUCUGAUACUGGAGAAUAUCUUUACUACACUUGUAGUGAUGUGGCACAGCGACCUCACAGGGUUUUGUUGUGGAACUUGCGAUCUAAAGAUGAUGACAUUGCAAUUUAUCACGACGACAAUCCAAAGAACUUUGUUGAUGUUACAAGAACCAAAAACUGGCAGUACGUUUUGAUUAAUGUCAACUCAAAGACGUCCUCUGAGAUCCGAAAACUUCAGCCACAACAUUGCGGAAAGUUGCAGAUAGAGUUGAUGGCAUCCAGUAUUUCGUGGAACACCAUGAAGAGCACCUGUAUAUUCUUACCAAUUUUUUGGGCGACAAGAAGCUAGCGUCGCUAGGAAACAACU